CUUACAAAAAACAUUAAAGGCGUAGAAGAAGAACCCGAUCCAGAAGAAGAAGGAGGAAGUGUUUUGUUUCUAUUUGCGACAAUACUUUGACUUUUUGGUCUUAAAGAUAGCAGGAUCCAAACACAUUUAAGAUGAACCUGGAACGACUUCCCAACGAGGAUAAGCUCAGCCUAUGCAGAAAAUAUUAUCUUGGUGGAUUUGCCUUCCUCCCAUUCUUGUGGCUUGUUAAUGUCGUCUGGUUUUUUAAGGAGGCUUUUGUAAAGCCAGUCUACACGGAGCAGCUCCAGAUCAAAACGUAUGUCAAGCGCUCAGCGCUGGGUUUACUGUUAUGGGUCGCCGUACUGACCACAUGGAUAACCAUCUUCCAGCACUUCAGAGCAGAAUGGGGGGAGGUGGGGGAUUACCUCUCAUUCACUAUUCCACUGGGGAUUCCUUGAGGCCUUUUUCCAUAAAAUAACUAAUGAUCCACAACAAUGGACCAAAGACUUUUCCCUCUGUAACUACAGUGAAUUUUUUGCUGAUCUGUCUGGUCUCUGGAGCUAAAAUCAAUGGCUAAUUAACAUUAACAGAGUAAUCCUGUAUGUCUCCAAAAGAGACAUGCUGUAAGGUUAGAAAAGUCAUGUUUUCUAUGUGCUUGACAAGGCAUUUGAGAAAGUUCUUUUUUUAAGAGUAUGCUAAUUAAUCUUGUAUAGCAAACAAUGGUUGUUUAUGUGUGAUUGGGCACCCCAAACAGUUUUUACUUGUGUAUGAAUGACAAAUAAAAAAAACAAAAUCCAUAAU